AUGGCAACCGAGGUACGAGCUCAGCAAGUGUUCAAUGCACCCGAAUUCCUAGUGGGACCGGUCAUCAAGACUCAAGAGUCCGCGUUCAAUGAUAAAGCAGUAUCAGCUGCUGCCACGUUCGAUCCAGCAACGCAUCUUACCUAUGAGCCUCCAGGAAAUAUCAUUAUGAUGAAGGACCUAGGCUAUGACGAGGAUGCCGGUGUGUCACCUGUGGCAGUGAGUCUGCCUUUUCAGCUCUUUUCUGAAGAAGCAAUCAAUGAAAUGCGCACGGAGAUCUUCAAGCCCGAGGUCUUGAGAGACUGCUCUUUUUCUUCGAAUAUUGCCGCACAUCAGUUUCGAGGAUAUGCUGCCAAGUAUGCUCCGUUCACAUACGAUGCUUGGCAUUGUCCCGAGACACUAGCGAUCAUAUCGAAGAUAGCCGGUGUUGAUCUAGUGCCGGUCAUGGACUACGAGAUUGGGCAUAUUAAUCUAUCAAUGAAGACCGCGCAGCAAACUGCUGAGGAACUUGAUGCCAUUAACAAGCAGAAGUCGUUCUUUGCCGCUGAUGAGGGUAUUGCUGGUUGUCCGUUCGAAGAUGACAAGCCAAUCGUUGGUUGGCAUACAGAUAGCUACCCUUUCGUGUGCGUUACCAUGCUGAGCGACUGUACCGAUAUGGUCGGUGGUGAGACGGCAUUGCGUACAGCUGAUGGGAACGUGAUUAAAGUCCGAGGUCCAGGAAAGGGCUGUGCCGUCGUACUUCAAGGUAGAUACAUCACCCAUCAGGCACUUCGAGCACUUGGUGCCCGAGAGCGAAUCACCUCUGUGACCUCUUUUCGCCCGCGUUCGGCCCAGUUGAAAGACGACAGCGUUUUGACCACUGUGCGUGGUAUUUCGGACGUCUCUGAACUGCAUUACGAGUUCAUCGAAUACCGACUCGAGAUACAGCAGGAGAGGAUGAGAGUCCUGCAGAAAGAGCUCAGGAAGAGUCGUCACGCUGGUCGAAAGUGCCCAACGUCUUUGGUGAAAAACUUCUUACGAGAACAAAAACAUUUCAUCAAACAUACCAAUACAGAAUUGGUACCGGAGAAUGAUAUAAUCGCAGGAUACAUCCCGCCAAUGGACGGCAAUCUAGACGUUAUCAUUAUUAUCGACGACAACCGCUCUGUAUGA